CGCACCGAAGUCGCAUGAAAGACUUUCCUAACUUGGGAACCCUUAACAUCUGAGCAGCAUGUGAGCGCAGGGAUGGUGCCUCGGCUUUAGGCUUUGGAAAGUGAGAUUGGGCUUUUCAUUUUCAUUUCGGUCAUGUAUUCGCUGCAGCCUCUAUGUGUCAGGCUCAUUGAUUGGAUAAUUGGCGGCACCUGGAUGAGAGAAACCCCUCGACCCUGAAGACGCACGGCACGCGGCCUCCUGCUGGCUUUUUACGCAAUCAAAGAAAACAAAUAUUCAUUUUUUUAAAAUGUUUGAGGCAAAAUACGUACCUUUGCUUUUAUGUGUCUCUGGGUUAUUGAUUGUGAUUUGUCAGGGCAUUGAAAAUGGUACUGGACAAGAAAUCGAAAAUGUUGUAUCUGGAGAAAUGUGGAGAUUUAAUUACACUAUUAACUCCACCAAUAUGACUCAUUUUGCUUAUGGAAUUACUGCAAAUGUGGUUGCUGUGUUGCUCUAUGGAAGCAACCUUGUUCCCGUCAAAAGAAUAGAGACAGGAGAUGGUAUGUUUUUUCAGUGGGUCACCUGCGCAGCGAUUUGGGUCGUAGCUAUGCUCGGAGACUUGAUGCUUCACACACCCAAGUUCCAUCCUUUUGCGAUGCUCGGAGGUUUCAUCUGGGCCACAGGGAAUAUUCUAGUUGUUCCAAUUGUCAAAGCGGUCGGCCUCAGUCUUGGGGUUUUAAUUUGGGGAUCCUCUAGUUUGUUGAUGGGCUGGGCCAGUACGAGAUUUGGCUGGUUUGGGAUUAAUGCUCAGGAUGUCUCCAGGCCUGUAUUAAAUUAUUGUGGAGCGGCGCUUUGUCUGCUCAGCGGCCUCAUCUUUUUCUUUGUGAAAUCAGACGUGGAUUUGCAUAACAGUUCUGAAACCAUCCCCUUACUUAUCGACAGAGAGGAUCAGUUCCUGCCACUCGGUCUCUCAAAAAGACCCGUUUCAGGCAUCAACGGGCCGAGCUCUACACCGUUCUGGAUCGACAUAAUCGGAACAAAGACCAGGCGGUUCAUCGGCUGCAUGCUGGCCGUGCUCUCCGGCCUGCUGUACGGCUCCUCCUUCACGCCCAUCCUCUACAUCAAAGCUCGCUCUGCUUGCACUGACUGCAUCUUCCAGGGAGCCAGUGCUUUUGACCUGGACUACGUGUACGCACAGUGCUGUGGUAUUUUUGUCGCGAGCACAUUGUACUUUGCCAUCUACUGUGCUGCCAUGAGAAACAGGCCCAGAGUCUACUCCAAAGCCAUCCUACCAGGUAUGUUGUCUGGCGUGAUGUGGGCAUUGGCAACAUACUGCUGGUUCCUGGCCAAUAACUACCUGAGUGCAGUUAUUACCUUCCCUAUCGUCACGGCAGGAUACGGUCUGGUUGCAGCACUGUGGGGAUGUUUGGUGUUUAAAGAGAUAAAGGGGUUAUCCAACUGCUUCGUCUUCUUGCUGGCGUCCUUUGUCGUCCUGACCGGCUCCUUGCUGACGGCCAUCUCAAAACUCUAAUGUUUGAACGUUUUCUGUACUCACCUUUUUUCAGAGUUCUUCGUUUCACGUUUGGAAAAAAGGAAAUGACCUUGGUUUUAUAAAAGUGUCAGACCGUGUGGUUGAAACAGACCACCAUGCAUGUCGGUUGAGAUGAAUGUAAGCGCUUUUUGUUUGCCGCCUUCUGGAAGCGGACGGGGUUAAUACUUUGAGCAGACAUUUGGUGGCAGUGUCUUACAGGAACUCUGGUUUGAUCUGAGAGGGCCGUUUGCUGUUGAACUCUGAAUUUGUUACUGAAAAAUGUUUCAACGUUUGUGUUGUUUGAAUGUUCUAGUAAUUUAUUUGUUUAAAGAAUAUAUUUUGUCACAUGCUAUGUUCAGCUGCUACUAACGGUGUCCAUGCAUCACUUUUAACACUUUCCACGCACGCUUAUUGUCACUGCAGAGGGGGCGGUUCGCUAGACACAUUUCUAUUUCACUAACGGGGGAGUUUGUUUUCAUGUUUCCAGAACAAAAAUCAAAUGAGUUGUCAGAGGAGUUUCUCUUGUGUUUUUUUCCCCACACAUGCUGCUAUUAAAAACAUCUGAUACUGACAGAUCUGCUCCUACACACAACCUUUCACUCUACAUUGUUUUCUGUAUCACGGCUGGCUCUGUGUAUUUCUCUUUCUGUCAACAUCCCUGUACUUCGUUUUGUUUGGCAUGUCUUAGCCUCUUUCCAGCUGUAACAUUAAGGCAGUGAGCUCUUAUUGAUUGGAUGGUGUGUGUGAGAGAAUAUAAACAUGUGCUUAAAGCUGA